AUGUCACCAAUCGAUGGCCCACGUCGUCCCUCUGUUGUACAUUCACCCGUCGGCAGUGGUGUACGAUCGCCCGUCGGUGGUGCUGUACGAUCAUCCACAGGAGGAGAACGUAGACCGUCAAAUCCGUUCGGUCCUCGAAGGUCAUUGGCUUUGCCCAGAACCAGUCUUGCAGCACCAGCCAGAGAACCAGGAGCCAUCAACCCGUAUGCACCGCCGUCGCUAGAAUACGACUUGCGCCAGAGAAAGCGUAGUAUCUUCAUCUUCUGGUUCCUCAUUCUCUUCGACUCCAUCGUCAUGCCCCUGGCCCUCUACUUCGGUCUCUGGUACGGCACAAAUCUCUCUCCAAACACGGUCUUCUCCAUCGUCACUGCUGCUCUUGGUGGUAUCAGUAUCUUUGAAUACGUGCUACGCUUCUGGCAUUUGUGGAAAAAGGGCAGUACUUGCCGUGUCAUUGGUGGCCGCAGAUCAUACCUCGAUUGGUUCCAUUGGAAUUUCAGCUUUGCCUGGAUUAUCAUCAUUGUCGAGCUCAUUGUCGGUACCAUUCCUGAAAAUCCACCAAUUCGCUUGCUCGCAAUGCCUUGCGCUUCUCUCAUGUUUGCCUUUGGUUCGGAGUUGAUCAUCCAGGACGGUAUGCGUCUUCUUGGGAUUCCCUCCCCCUUCCGCAUCUCGUCAAUGCCUGCCGGCUCCCAACUGCGUCCUGGAAUUUACUGGAUCAUCGAAGAUAUUGUCGCCGUUGACGGUGGCGGUAACAUCGAGUUCCGCGAGAGACUCAACACCAGAUAUGAAGCCAGCCACUACUUCCGCCAAAUGCUCCACAGAUUGACUCUGUUCUGGGGUAUUGGUGGUGAGCUUGCAGCCGCUGUUGUAACUGCUCUCAUCUUUACUCUUCAGAAGGAUGCUGCCUACGUGGUCGGCUGGACCGUACCUUUCAUCUGGGCUGGAAUCUGGACGCUCUGUACCUUCUGGUAUGUCAAGCGCAGUCUCAGAUUCGAAGAGGAGAAUUGGGCCGAAACACAUGGAAAGCCUGUGGUCUAG